CUAUAAAUAUUCGCUCAUGAUAAAGUUUUGUCACAAACCCGAAGACACUUCUCCUGGGCAAUGGCGUCGAAGGCAAUUGUACUAACUCUCCUGGCACUCGUGGCUUUGGCCAAGAGCGAAUUAGACUAUGACAAGGCUUUCCCUAUGCCUGAUCCAGCGGUUUCACUCUUUCCUUCGCCGCAUGGCAUUCCUAGUCCAAGGAUUGUAGGAGGUGAAGAAGCUGUACCGAACUCUCACCCGUAUCAAGUAGGACUUUUCCUACCCGUCGCCCAAGGACUGAGUUUCUGUGGUGGAUCCCUGAUCACGGAAAAGACCGUUCUCACAGCUGCUCAUUGCGUUGACAGCCUUGUUGCACCUGUCGAGGUAGUACUUGGAGCCCAUCGCAUCAGAGAAGAAGAAAGUACGCAAGUAAGAAUCACUACAAAUAAUAUCGUACUUCAUCCUCAAUGGGACCGUGAUCUUAUAAGGAACGACGUAGCCGUUGUCAUUCUACCACACCGUGUCACGCUCAACGCUAACAUCCAGACCAUCAGACUGGCAACAGGUUCCGAUGAUUUUGCGGGACAGCAGGCCAUUGUAAGCGGAUGGGGAAGGGACUCGGACAAUUCCCAAGCCAUUUCACCAGUUCUAAGGAAAGUUGAAGUGCCCGUUAUCACCAACGCUGUUUGCAACAUCGCUUUCUUCGGAGUUAUUCAGAGCAGCAACAUCUGCACGUCUGGGCUUGGUGGAAGAUCCACUUGCAACGGCGAUUCUGGUGGUGCCUUGGUAGUUGAUGGUGUACAGGUUGGUAUUGUCUCCUUCGGAAACGGACUAGGCUGUGCAAUUGGAUGGCCAGCUGCAUACGCCAGAAUAACAAGCUUUUUAAGCUGGAUUGAUUCCGUCAAAAAUACAUUCAAUCCGUUGCACUCCCAAAGGACAACAACACCAACUACGAAGAAAGUAAAGCUUUAUUGUUGUACUCCAUUCAAGAUGAGAGCAGUGAUCACGUGCCUUUUGGUCUUCCUCACUUUAGCAAAGGCUGACAUCGACUGGGACAAUGUUUUUCCCAAACACAUAAAAGAGUAUCCUCAUGGUAGUCUUCCACAUGGGAUUCCAAGCCCUAGGAUUACGGGGGGAGUAGAAUCUCUGCCUAAUUCUCAUCCAUAUCAAGUAGGCCUUUUCAUACCAGUCAGUGGUGGUACUGCUUUCUGCGGUGGUACCCUCAUCUCGAAGCAGACGGUCCUCACAGCAGCACAUUGCGUAGACAGCGUGACUGGACCAGUGUUGGUGGUCCUUGGGGCACACCGUAUCCGUGAAAUUGAACCUACUCAAGUUAGGGUCAACUCUUCUGGUAUUUAUGUACAUCCGAUGUGGUCUAGCUUGCUAAUCCGCAACGACGUCGCCCUAGUAAGGUUGCCCCAGCCAGUUACGCUUAACAAUGCCAUACAGAUAAUACCACUCGCAAGAGAUCCUUCCAACAGUUUCGAGGGUCAUCAGGCUCGUGCUAUUGGCUGGGGACUUGACUCUGAUCAAGCUACAGGUAUAUCUAACGUUCUGAGGGAAGUAGAUGUGCCGGUCAUCACUAAUGGCGUUUGCAACAUUGCCUUCAUGGGAACUAUUCAGGACACCCACAUAUGUGCCUCAGGACUUGGGGGAAAAUCCACUUGCAGCGGUGAUUCUGGUGGACCUCUUAUAGUAGGCGGUGUCCAGGUUGGAAUUGUUUCAUUUGGAAUAGCUUUAGGAUGUGAAAUUGGAUGGCCAUCAGUUUAUACCCGUGUUACAAGUUUCCUCGAUUGGAUUUUACCAAACAUCAUUUAAUACAUUAUACAAAAAAAUUGUUAUAAAUAUUAUCAUUAAUUGUGACAUCAAUAAAUGGAGGUGUAUUCUAGAAA